AACGCUGUCCGCGACAUCGGAAAUAUGCUCAAUUGAUUCAUCCACACAGUGCAAUCGAACUACGUGUUAAUUAUACGAUAUGGUAGAGUAAGUCAGCAGAAUAAAUCAAUUCUCGCUAAAAAAUUCACAGCACUGUCCGAUCUAACCGGGAAAUUGCCAUAUUAAGGUAAAAUGUACAUCGUUAAGCUCACGCAAAGCGAGUCUGAGCUCAAAUAAGGGUUAUUUUAACGACAUUGUGUCUAGGGAGUUUGGUACAUGCACAAACCAUGGCAGAAGAUCCAUUUGGUAAAAACAGCGAUGAAUAUAUAAUAGACGUACCUCCUUUAGACUAUAAUCCAGAAGAAAGAGGUUUGGGAUAUCAAUACUUUGAGAGCAUGAAGAAUUAUGGUGAUAGAAUUGCGCAAUACAUCGAAGACACUGAUGAAGAGGACACCUACGAAAACCUCCUGACAAGGUGCAUCAGGGUUGCGAUAUGGCUGAAAUCUAAAGAGCUGACCAACGAGGAUGUGGUCACCUUGUGUUCAAAGAACCACAAAGACAGUUGUGUACCGUUCAUAGCUUGCUUGUUUUUGGGGAUACCUGUAGCGUCUUUGGAUCCCAUGUUGUCUGCUAUGGAUACCACGCAUUUGCUCAAGGAAGUUAGGCCAAAAAUAUUGUUUGUGGAAUCCAAAAGUGUCAGACUUAUCGACGACUGUUUGACUGAGGCUGGAAUAGAUGCUGAGGUUGUUGUGUAUGGCGAAAUAGAAGAUCACGCAUGUUUUCAAGAAUUGUUAACGCCCCAAGAAGAUGAAGGUGAAUUUCAGCCUGAAGUCGUUGCUAGCUUAGAAGAAACAGCCAUUGUUCUGUUCAGUAGUGGCACCACUGGGUUGCCAAAAGGAAUCAUGAUUAGUCAUUACGCUUUGCUUAUGCAGUGUCAAAAUAUGAAGCAGUCGGAAAAUUUCGGGAAUGUUAUGCUAUCUUAUGCUACUUUAUACUGGAUCUCAACAGUUAUAAUAUUGACUACUAUGACUUACAUAGGAGGAGCUAGAGUGAUAUGCUCUAAAUUUAAUCCUAAACAAACGUGGUUACUUAUUGAAAAGUAUCAGAUAACAUCUAUGUUUAUACCGCCAAGCCAAAUGGCGGAAUUGAUAGCAUGCGGUAGACCAGAAAAUUUGGACACCUCAAAAUUGCACUGUUGUAUCAGCGGGGGAGCGUCAGUGUCUGAAAAGCAAAUGAGAGAAAUAAGGGACUUGUUGCCAGGAACAUUCGUCUUUCAGAUGUACGGUCAGUCGGAAAUCGCAGGAAUUAUAACAAUAUUCAACUCAAACGAUGUGAAAGAUGUCCUCUUACUGGACAAGAAACCAAAAUCUGUAGGAAAAGUCGUAGCUGGUAUCUGUUGUAAGGUAGUUAAUCCUGACACCGAAGAACUGUGCGGCCCAAAUAAAAAUGGCGAGCUGCGUCUGAAAUCGAAGAUGUCGAUGAACGGAUACUACGGCAGAGAUUCCUCAGAAUCAUACGAUUCUGAUGGAUGGCUCAGAACCGGUGAUGAGGUCUACUAUGACGAGGAUAAGUGCUUCUACGUUGUGGACAGGAUCAAAGAGAUGCUCAAAUACAGAUCUUGGCAUGUCGCUCCCGCCAUGAUAGAGCAGGUUCUUUGUAUAAUAGCCCUUGUAAUGGUGGAAUUAACGGAGCUCUACUUUUCAAGAUGUGCGUACGAAAUGGUGAUCUUGGGCACGGGAGGAUACCUGCUGAUUUGCUCUGUAAUGCUGUUGACAAUACUUGCGGAUGAGUUAUCACCGUACGCCGAAAUAUCAUUCUUGUUGUUUGGAUCCAUCUUCAAUCUGUUAGGGGGUAUCCUCAUGUUCAUCAGAUCCGGCUUUUACAAAAAGAACUUCAGGUGGACUUACGUUGGUCCUGUGAACGGUACAGCUACCGAAAAAUACGAAGUAUUCGCUGCGACCGCUGUUACCGGACUCAGUUCUGUUAUGAUUGUCGAUCUGCUUGUCGAACUUUUCGCCUUAAUUCUCUCUUAAUAUUAAAUACUUUUCAAUAGUUAAAGUGAACAAACCUGUGUACGAAACACCAUAUUCUCGUUUCAAUUACCCUAAGAGAGGGAUUCGUUGCUAAUUGAUGCAAAGUUCUGUCGAAAAAAUAGCGUCAAUCUAUACGUACUACCUACUCCUUCGUUGAAGGUUUCAAAGACAAGGGUGUCAAAUCGUUUCAAAAGGCGAAAUCAAAUCGUGAUUAGGUAGAAUCACCUUCGACCUUUGUACACAUCAAAUUAUAUAAAGCAAUUUUCCGUGAUUUCUAUACUACCUCGCAAGUUUUGGCAUAUGAAGUAAAAAUAUACGUAUGUUCUAUUUGUGAUAACAUUUGCAAAUAUUAUUUAACGCAAAAAAGAAUAUGUUUUGUAAUGCUUAUCAUUUCUUAAGACCCC